AUGUUUAAAAAAGUUAUGACUAGACAUAGUAUUGGAAUGCAAGUAAUGGAUCAUAUUGCAGAUUUGAAAAAUUUGACGUGGUUUAAGGAUGCCAGCUUUCCUGGUGAAUUUGCAAAAACAAUCAUAUAUGCUGAACCUAAAUCAUCAAAAUUAAUAAAUAAUAAUAAAUUAAAGAAGAGUAGUAAGGGUAGUGAUGAUGAAAAAUCAAUAUCACCUACUACUAUUGCAUCAGUUGGUAUAGAAAAUUCACCAAAAUCAUCGUCAUCAUUAGAUCAAAGUAAUAAUAACUAUAUUCCAAUUGAAAUUGUUUUAUUUAAACCUCUAUUAUUGAUGAAUAUUUCUGGCAAAUGUAUAGCAAAAGCAGUAAAGCAUUUUGGAAUGUCACCAUCAAAUAUAAUAGUAAUUCAUGAUGAUAUGGAACGUGAACUUGGGAAAAUUAGUUUAAAAUUUGGUGGAAUGGACAUAAUGGAAUUAAAUCAGUCAUUCGAUGUCUUCAGACUGAGAUUAAGAGUAGGUAUAGGCAGACCUAAAACAUAUGAUGAUGACAGAGAUCCAGAAAAUGUACAAAAAUAUGUUCUGGGAUGUUUGACACUUGAAGAAACAAAAAUUUUUAAAAAUGAAAUAUUUUCAAAAUGUCAUGAUACAUUAAUUGAAUGUAGUAUGGAUGAUAAUAUAAUAAAAAGGAAUUUGAAUAGAUAA